AUGUCUAAAAAGUUGGAUAUUUUAAAAGCGAAAUUGCCAAAAGCUCCAACAGGAAGAAGACCUAUUGGAUAUAGAGGAAAUCAUCAGCAUGGUAAAUCUUUGUAUGAUCCUGUUUAUCCUACAACAAAAAUUCCUACAAGUUUAAUUCCACGAUAUCCUUUAGAUUGGAGAAAUGGUGGAAGAUUCUUGUUAUGUGUUGGUUUGAGGAGAAUUGAAAAUAGAAUUAUAAAUAAGAUGAAAGAAAGUCAGGAUUUUAAUAUAUGUGAAUGUAAUAUUUGUAAUGAUAAUUGUAUAAAAAUAUAUAAUAGAUGCUUAUGUGCUUGGUUUUGCAAAUAUAAAUAUAGACAUAUGUACAAAUGUGAUAAUUUGCUUAUAAAUUAUAAAGGAGAAAUAAAAACAGAAAAACCUAUUUUUACAUUAAAGAGAGAAGUAGCUAAAAAAAAUUUAAAAAAAUCAGUUGAAUACAUAUAUAACAAUAAAACUAAUCUUUAUGAAAUUAAAGAAGAAAAUAAUAUAUAUAAAAAGUUUUAUCAAAAAAUUCAAGAAGAAAAUAAUAAUCCAAAAGACAAUUUCUAUGAUUCCGAUUCCGAUAUUACGGAUAGUGAAGAAGAACAAUAA